AGAAUACUCCUAAUCUCCUACCAACAGCCUUUCCAAGGACCAACAGAAUAGGGAACCUUGGAACUACUACGUGUAGUAUUAUUGCCGUAUUAACAGCAUGAUGCUUACCCCUAAUGGCUAUAGAUACCCACCCGGUAGUGUACCUAUCACCUAGAUAAUGUAGGUAGAUAUAUUCCAUUUCCAACAUGGAACAGCGAGUUCCGGAUGCAUUCCCCCCUAUCCUUGUAUUAUGUCUAUGUACCCUGUUACCGCUUAGUAGACAAUUUGCUUGACAAUGGCCCCCAUAUCGAUUCAGCAGGAAGAUAUCUCGAUUAUCACAGUUGCCAAACGAAUCCUAUCUUUGUCUUCACAGAUCUGCUUUUAUCUGAUUGCCAAUUCGUUUCCUGAACCAAGUUUUACGGCAGAUGAAGGGGAUGUCCCAGAGACUCCUGAAUAUGAAGCCCUUCGCGCACCUUUGAAUGAUGCGUUGCAUGACAUAUUUCGUCUAGUCAACGGACCGAAGAACACGCUGAAGGAGCUCAUCUUCUCACACUAUGACCUCGCAGCUCUGCAAGUUGCCCUUGACCGUGGAUUUUUCAACCAUGUUCCUCUGCCCAAGGCCUCUUCAUCGACGAGCAUCAUGAAGUCGAGCGAAGCUGAGAUUGCGCAGAAAACAGGCAUGGACGAAGGUCGUACAGGCCGGAUCCUGAAAAUGCUAGCGACACAUCGCAUCUUUAAAGAAGUCGAGGAUGAGCCUGGGAGCUUUAUGCAUACAGCUAACUCAGCGUUUCUUUCUCGAAACCCUGAGUUCUAUGCCGCAGCUGAUAUGCAGAUGGAUGACAUGUUCAAAGUUGCGUGCGAGGCAUCAGCCAUGAUUUCCAGUUCACCGUUUGACUUGGAUAUAUCGCGGUCAGUCUUUCAUCAGAGAUAUGGUACCUCAAUGUACCAAUACUAUGAACAGAGGCCAGGAAAGGCACAGAGGUUUGCCAAGGCUAUGGGCAGCUGGUCUCGACUAAAUCGGCACAUCGAUGAGCUAUACGAUGGCUUUCCAUGGGAAUCCUUGAAGACCGGAAAAGUUGUUGACAUCGGUGGUGGGAAUGGACACACUUCUGUCGAACUCGCACGCAUGUUCCCCUCACUUCAAUUCAUCGUUCAAGACAUCUCACCCCAUAUGCUUUCUCAGGCGCAUCAAGAUGUUGGCGACCGUGUCACUUUUCAGCAGCACGACUUCUUCAACCCGCAGCCCGUUCACGACGCAUCCGCUUUCAUCAUACGUCAGUGCCUUCACAACUACAACGAUAAGGAUGCGGUCAAAAUAGUUCGGGCGGUCGUUCCGGCUCUGAAGCGAUGCGGCCGCGGUACUCCGUUGCUCAUCAGCGAUAUAAUCUUACCCGAGAGCGGCACGACCACCAGGUUUCAAGAGCAUCACUUGAGACAGAUCGACCUCUGUAUGAUGGUGCUGCAUGGCGCCAAGGAGAGGAGCAAGGAAGAUUUCGAGAAGAUAAUCAAAGAAGCAGACCAGCACCUGGAGAUUGUGAAUAUGUGCAGAAACCCAAUGGGCAUAGGCUUGCUUGAGGUUCGGUUGAACGUUGAGUAGGUAAGCGAGGGCGAGAUACAGCCACGGUCAUUUAAAUUUUCAACAGGCUCCCUAAGUUGGACAUUCUGAAGCAUUUGUGGUAUGAUUGCCUAAACGUCCGCGAUAGGAACAUGUAAGUUGUUUAAACAUGAUGUCAAUUCGACCUGUAAGUACCUACCUAGGUAUCAAAACAUGUUCCACUAUCCUAGAGGGCGUCGUUUCGAAGGAGAUACUUGUUCAUUGGCCUCAUGAGUGACUUGGACUUAUUCCGAGAAAGGGCGA